AUGAAACAUCUCCAAGGACAGAAGAAAAAAAACUUCUCCCCAAUUUACCCCCAACCCCAGCUUUGAACAUUUUCUCAAAAUGACCCUAAAUGCAGAUAUUAGCUGAUGCCAGAAGAGCUUCUUAAAGAUUACAACCUCCAUCCUUUCUUUAUAUUCUUUUUCUUCCUUUACUCUGCCCCAAAGCACACCUUCUAUGCACCAAGAGGAUAUUUUGAUCCUUGAUGAAAAAACCAGCCUCAAGCUCUCUCCAAACUCAUUAGCACUUUGGUAAUUGGAAGCAGCCACUGAACUCCUUCCAAAGCAGAACAACUCAAAACAGGUAUCAGCUAAAGGGCAGACAGAGCAGGAGCAACAGGGUCUGCAUCUUGUCCUUGUGGUCCACGGGAAGCAUGUCCAUAACCAAAGCCUGGAACAGCUCAUCAGUGACCAUGUUCAUCCUCCUGGGAUUCACAGACCAUCCAGAACUCCAGGCCCUCCUCUUUGUGACCUUCCUGGGCAUCUAUCUUACGACCCUGGCCUGGAACCUGGCCCUCAUUUUUCUGAUCAGAGGUGACACCCAUCUGCACACACCCAUGUACUUCUUCCUAAGCAACUUAUCUUUCAUUGACAUCUGCUACUCUUCUGCUGUGGCUCCCAAGAUGCUCACUGACUUCUUCUGGGAGCAGAAGACCAUAUCAUUUGUGGGCUGUGCUGCUCAGUUUUUUUUCUUUGUCGGCAUGGGUCUGUCCGAGUGCCUCCUCCUGACUGCUAUGGCAUACGACCGAUAUGCAGCCAUCUCCAGCCCCCUUCUCUACCCCACUAUCAUGACCCAGGGCCUCUGUACACGCAUGGUGGUUGGGGCAUAUGUUGGUGGCUUCCUGAGCUCCCUGAUCCAGGCCAGCUCCAUAUUUAGGCUUCACUUUUGCGGACCCAACAUCAUCAACCACUUCUUCUGUGACCUCCCACCAGUCCUGGCUCUGUCUUGCUCUGACACCUUCCUCAUUCAAGUGGUGAAUUUCCUCGUGGUGGUCACUGUCGGAGGAACAUCGUUCCUCCAACUCCUUAUCUCCUGUGGUUACAUAGUGUCUGCUGUCCUGAAGAUCCCUUCAGCAGAGGGCCGAUGGAAAGCCUGCAACACAUGUGCCUCGCAUCUGAUGGUGGUGACUCUGCUGUUUGGGACAGCCCUUUUCGUAUACUUGCGACCCAGCUCCAGCUACUUACUAGGCAGGAACAAGGUGGUGUCUGUUUUCUAUUCAUUGGUGAUCCCCAUGCUGAACCCUCUCAUUUACAGUUUGAGGAACAAAGAGAUCAAGGAUGCCCUGUGGAAGGUGUUGGAAAGGAAGAAAGUGUUUUCUUAGGUCAUGCGUAGAAACUUAUUUAUCCAAACUGCUGGAGAAUUAAACGAUCCAAGCCUUCACCUCCACCUCUGCCUCAGGCAAGGGAGAUAUUUGGUGCUCUCAUUUGUGGAGACUCUUCCCUCCAGAUUCCUCUCACCCUUCCUCAUGGUCACUUGUCUACUGACUGUGCCAUAGAUAGCCAAAAAGGGAAGGAAUUUCUUCAGAAAAAAAAAAAAAAAAGAACCUCCCCAGGAUAACCUAUUUUCACAAUAAUCACAAUAACUAGCCUUUAUUGGGCCCUUAGUAUGUACCAGGCACAAAAGUUAUUUAAUUAAAUACUCAUUGCAGUACUAAAAUACACAAUGAACUAUCUGUAUGUUACAAAAUAAGGAAACAGUGUGUCAGCAAGGAAAAUUAACUUGCUCAGGGUCACCAAGGAAGAGGCAGAACUCUCAUUCACACCAAGGUCUUCCUGACUCCAGAGCCCACGUUCUGCCCAAACGCUGCACUCCACAUUCAACAAAAAAAUAGCCCAAAAGUAGUACAAGUAUAUAACUCUUGUUACUGGCAUAUGGCAGAAUCUGAAAAGAUACACUAUGUGUAGUUAAGGUAAAUUAGAAAAACAAGAUGCCUACCUCAUCAAAUGCCCUCUCUAGGAUCUCCCUGUUGAAUUCCAAUUAUGGCUACUGAGUAAUUUGCUAAGCAAAUGCUGAAGGACAUUCCCCUUGGCUGCCAUUUCUCUCUUUCUCAGCUAUGUAAGGGCUGGGAAAUUUGAGUCCAAUGGUGUCAUACCAAUACUCUUCUUUUCUCAGUCUCAGUCCCCUAAACUGCCUAUCAGUCAGUACCUCCUUGAUUUUUCUUUAAUAUUUCACUAAAUGUUGUAUUUUUUUCUUUUAAUUUUAUUUUAUUUCAUUUUAUUUUAAGUUCUGGGAUACAUAUGCAGGAUGUGCAGGUUUGUUACAUAGGUAAACAUAUGUCACGGUGAUUUGCUGCACCUAUCCACCCAUCACCUAGGUAUUAAGCCCCACAUCCGUUAGCUAUUUAUCCCGAUGCUCUCCCUCCUCCCUGCCUCCUGACAGGCCCCAAUGUGCAUUGUUCCCCUCUCUGUGUCCAUGUGUUCUCAUUGUUUAACUCUUACUUACAAGUGAGAACACUGGAUAUUUGGUUAUCUGUUCUUGGGUUAGUUUGCUGAGGAUAAUGGCUUCCAGCUCUAUCCAUGUCCCUGCAAAGAACACUAAUUCCUUCCUUUUAUGGCUGCAUAGUAUUCCAUGGUAUAGAUGUACCAUAUUUUCUUUAUCCAGUCUCUCAUUGAUGGGAAUUUGGGUUGAUUCCAUGUCUUUGCUAUUGUGAAUAGUGCUGCAAUGAACAUAUACAUGCAUGUAUAUUUAUAAUAGAAUUAUUUAUAUUCCUUUGGAUAUAUACCCAGUAAUAAGAUUGCUGGGUCAAAUGAUAUUUCCAUUUCUAGGUCUUUGAGGACUCACUACACUGUCUUCCACAAUGGUUGAACUAAUUUACUUUCCCACCAACAGUAUAAAAGCGUUCCUAUUUCUCCACAGCCUCGCCAGCAUCUGUUGUUUCUUGACUUUUUAAUAAUUGCCAUUCUGACUAGCAUAAGAUGGUAUCUCAUUGUGAUUUUUUAUUUGCAUUUCUCUAAUAAUUAGUGAUGUUGAGCUUUUUUUCAUAUGUUUGUUGGCCAUACAAAUGUCUUCUUUUGAGAAGUGUCUGUUCAUGUCAUUUGCCCACUUUUAGAUAGGGUUGUUUGUUUUUUUCUUGUAAAUUUGUUUAAGUUACCUUUGUCAGAUAGAUAGAUUGCAAAAAUUUUCUCCCAUUCUGUAGGUUGUCUGUUCAUUCUAAUGAUAGCUUCUUUUGCAGAAUCUCUUUAGUUUAAUUAGAUCCCAUUUGCCAAUGUUUGCUUUUGUUGCAAUUGCUUUUGACGUUUUCAUCAUGAAAUCUUUGCCGGUGCCUAUGUCCUAAAUGGCAUUGCCUAGAUUUUCUUCUAGGAUUUUUAUAGUUUGGGGCUUUACAUUUAAAUCUUUAAUCCAUCUUGAGUUAAUUUUUGUAUAAAGUUUAAGGAACUGGUCCAUUUUCAAUUUUCUGUAUAUGGCUAGCCAGUUUUCCCAGCACCAUUUAUUAAAUAGGGAAUCCUUUCCCCAUUGCUUGUCUUUAUCAGGUUUGUCAAAGAUUCAAUGGUUGUAGAUGUGCAGUCUUAUUUCUGAGAUCUCUAUUGUGUUCUAUUGGUCUACGUGUCUGUUUUUGUACAAGUACCAUGUUGUUUUGGUUACCAUAGACUUGUAGUAUAGUUUGAAGUCAGGGAGUGUAAUGCCUCCGGCUUUGUUCUUUUUGCUUAGGAUUGUCUUGACUAUACUAGCUCCUUGAUUUUAACCAUGCCAUUCCUUUACCAGUUCAGGACCUGCCUCCAUUUCACAGUUUGGUGUCCUUUUUGAUCACCACACCCUGAAUUCCCCUUGCUAUCUUCUAUCUGAACCCAUUGCUCCUAUAAAAUUCCCGUUUCUCCUCUUGAAUAAAUUAAACCUUGCAGCCCACAUUGGGUGUAAUUUAUUUGCCAUCAUCUCAGGGAAGUAUAUCCCAGGUUCCCACCUCCAGAUAAUUACCCUUUCAUUUCAGGCACUCACAGUGGAAUUGUCCCACACAACUAUUUCUGCUGGUAAAUCUCUCUCUCUGGCUACUUGUAACGCAUUCACUUUUCCAUUGAUGUAGGUCAAUUGGAUAAGUAGAUAUUUGAUUUGAUUGUUCAUAUAACAGAAUUAAUUAUUUCCUCCAUAUCUGGAAGAACAUAAACAAUGCAUAGGAAAGCAGAGAUCCCUUCUCAGGUUUCCUGGGUUCUUCAUCCUCUAAAUUCAUUCCCAUCCACGGCCAAUAAAACGUAGAAUGACUCCUACAAAUCAUAUAUACAGGUACUCAGAGAGAGAGAGUUGAAAUUUGCUGAGUGCUUACUAAAUUUCAAGUUCUAUUCUGAACAUUUCAUACAUGUUAAGCCAUUGAAUCCCUAUUGACACAGCCAUUGAGUGGAAGCUGACUCAGCAUGGCUCCUGAGACUAAACUCAUAAACACUUUGUGACAUUUCCCCCAAGUGGGCCCCUGAUUCGGUUGAAGUGGGGAGGUUUUAUAGUGGCAGCCAAAUAUACCACCCAGGGAAAAUACUAGAGAAACUCAACAUAUGCCUCUCAUUUCUGUCUACUGGAAGUAUCCCAUGCCUCCAUUUUUCUAUUGCACAUCUUCCAAAAUGUAGGCCCAGAAGCAGAGGCCACAGCUAUGCCUAGAACUACAGAACAACUGCCACUGGGGUCAGGCUGGUGUAUGAAACUGCAACAAUUAGGCCAGUAAAAUUUUAGGAAUGAAAAGUUGACAGUAUAUCUGUAUAUUAAGGGAUACUUGCUUUACAGAAAUAUCAGCAAAUGAAUCAAAAAUUUACAGGCAUUUUACCAUUACAAGGGAAAUUCAAGAAAGAAUAUGAGGAGAGAUUGUCUGAUCCUCACCCCUAUUUGGUUGCAGUUACAUCAUUAGCUUCUUCAGGCAUUAUUGGGUAGUAGAGAACAGCAGGAGGCAGGGAGACAAAAAUCAAAAUAUCAGUUUAAUAAUGUUAAAUCGACAGAUAAUGUUCUGUUGGAGGACAUGGCUUUGAUCUGGUCCUAUGGCUGCCCCACAGUGUACACCAGAAUUAGACAGGCUAACCCAGGAGAAGCAGGCUUGCCCUGUUGCACUAAUUGCGUAGAUGAGAGAAAAUCAGACUACAUGCUCCCUGCAGGGAGACAGAUCCCAAAGAAAGAGAAGGAAGAUCAGAAGGCCAAGUUCUCCUGCCUAAUUUUUUUCCCAGAUUCACCACUCCUUUAAAUCAGGGGUGUCCAAUCUUUUGGCUUCCCUGGGCAACAUUGGAAGAAUUUGUCUUGGGCCACACAAAAAAACACACUAAUGAUAGCUGAUGAGCUUUAAAAAAAAUCACAAAAAAACUCUUAAUGUUUUAAGGAAGUUUACAAAUUUGUAUUGGUCCACAUUCAAAGCCGUCCUGGGCCGCAUGAAGCCCACGGGCUGUGGGUUGUGCAAGCUUGCUUUACAUCACUCCUACCUUCCUAGAAAGGACUGAGUGAAGGAGGAGGCACAAAACCUGCAUGCCAUUUCAGCGUAAGUCCCUCUCCAGGAAAACAGGAGGAAAAGGGAAGGAACUCCCCAUACACAUACUAAGAUCUUUAAGGUUACUUCACCCUGAUCCUCUAAGAAGUCCUAAACUGAAGUUCCAUCCAUGACUAUGAGGGGCCACUAGACCAGGAGCCUCAUCUAGUGGAAUCCAAUUUGUCAGUAUCUCCAGGUCUCAGUCAAGGCCUCUUUAUGAUGACGUUGGUCUCAUCCAAUGCUUGGAUCUUACAGGAUUAUUAUGAGCCCAAAAAAAGAAAAUUGAUUUUUAGAAAUCUCUUAGAAAAAAUUUAAAACAUUAUAUAAAUACCAGGGAUUCCUGUUAUUAUCAAAUGCCACUUCCCCCAAGGAAGCAUUCCCAGACUCCCUGGACCUCACUAAAUCCCUGGGCCAAUCUCGCCCCAUUCUUGCCCUUUGGUGUGAAUCAUCACAGUUGUAAGUUCAUGCUUGAGGGUGGGGUCACAUCUGUCUCUUCACAAAUAUAUUCUCAGCAUCUAGAACUGCCUGAUAUACAAAACGCAAUAAAUAUGCAUUUUUGGUCAAUUAUUAUAAUCUGUUGGAAAAAAAUCAAUUAUGUGACCCAAAUUGUAACCAUUGUCACAUGAAAUUGACUCUUGAACUAUAAUAUUGUUGAUGAAAUUGCUGUAAUCGUUAUCAUACAAGGACUUUGCAUCAAAUUUGAUGUUGAUAUAAUUUAGAGAAGGGGCCUUUGGAGAUUCCUCAGACUUCCCUGUACACAGUUUCAUCACCUCCUUAUUAGAUGUGCUAUCAUAAUGGGUGUGUGUGUGUGUGUGAAAAGGAGAGAAAAAACAUGCACACGUGUUGCUUAGUAACUUUUUAACAACUCCCAUUGCAUCUGCAACUGCCAACUUCUCCACUGAAAAUAUAUUUCCUACAAAUAUCCAAUAUUACUCCCUAUGCUAAUCAUAAUAGUAUACUUCUUAUUCAGCAUCAGUUAGGAACAGUGUAAACUGUUCAUGUGUUUGGGUGAAGAAGGGCAGAGCAGUGAUGAUGGGGAAGUUGUCAGGCUCACUUUACCAAUGCAAAGGUAGGUGAGGGCGUCCUGAAAAUUUUGCACACCUACAAACUUAUGAUUUCAAUAGUGUCUCUGAAAGGCAAAAUGUCCAUUUGCAAUUCUGGAAGUAUAUGUCAUCUUGAACUAAAAGCCUCAGGCUGAUUAAGAUCUCCUACCUCUAACCUAAAAUACUGGGCUUCCUAAGACACAUUCAAAUAAGGUAAUUUUUCAAAAAUUAAAACUCAUUCCAUAAACAUUACUAAGCCCCUACCAUGUGUAAAAAAAAAAAAAACUAGCAUGAUCUCUUUCUUAAAAGGUGAUUAAAAGUUAGAUGGCAGCAAAAAGACAACUAUAUAAUGAUAUUAGGAUUAUGAUAAUAUUAAUACCUUACAUUUGUAUAAUGCUUUGAAGUUUACAGUAUUCUCUCAUAUGCAUUAAGCCAUUUAAUUGACUUAUACAGCAACAUAAGUGAAUAGGGGAUGUAAGAUGAGGCUGAAAAUGGCGUAAAGGAAAACAAAUACUUGUUGGGGAACUACUGCACAUCAGGAGUUGCAAAUGGACACCCCUUUGUUCAUUCAUCUUCAAAAAGAAUUAUUGAAUAACUGCUAUGUUCCAGGUAGGAGCUGGGGAUACAAUAGUGACAAAAGAAAUCCUUGCCUUCAGGGAGUUUACAUUUGGAGGAAAAGGCAGACACACAUAGACCCAUAAAGGCAAGGAGUAAAAAGUGCUAGAUUAUCACAAGCAAACCUCACUAUGCAAAGGUGUAUGUUCCCCAUUUCAUGGAAUAAGGUCCUGGGGUUCAUAAAGGUUAACUUGCUCCAGGUCACAAGAGCCACAGUUUAAAAUACUGGAACCUGACUUCGAAGGCUGUGCUCUUUUAAACAAGCUAAUUCUAUGUUCAAUCAUGCAACCCUGAGGUUACAAAAUAGAAAGGCUAUCGUUUGAUCCUGACCUCACAUUGAGCCUGAUAGUCCAGAACCUUCUAAGGUGAUUGACCAGAAGAGUAGGUGGAAUAAUGUUAAUCUGAAAGAGAAGUCAACAGUAAGUAGAUUUGACCUCAGAUCCCAGAGACCUGAGUUGGCUGAAUCCAGAUUCUCCUCUGGGUGCCUCCAGCCAAUGCCUCAUGGAGCCAUAACACACCAAAAGAAAAAUUAGAGCUGUCUUUCCCACACACCCUUUUCCAUAAUAAGUCAGCUUCUUAGAACAAUUUUAAAAACAAAAAAAAGAAAAAUACAAGGUACAUAAUAUCAGAGCUCAAAUUAAUGGAGAACUUUUUACUUCAAAUUGUAAAUAGGUAUAAUACUUUUUCUGAUUUUCAUAAUCAGAAGCCAUUUAAAAUCAUUUUUUUAACUAGACACAACAGAACGUCUUUUUAAAAUAAAAAUGCCAAAAUCCAAUUACCAACAGAUAAUGGCUACUACUGUUGUGAUAUAUUAAUACAUCUUUUCAGACUUCUAGCCAUGUAGAUAUUUUUCCCAAAAAUAACAUCACGUGACAUAUUCAGUGUUUUAAUCUGUCACUAAAAAGAAAUCUUUCCAUGUUUAAAAGUACAAUUCUACGUUAUCACUUUGAAUGUCUGCAAAUACUUAAUUGUACUAUUGUGCCAUAUUUAUUGAACAAAUUUUCUAUAUCAGACGCUAACUUAAAUUCUAAUUUCUACUAUUUGAAACAGCAAUGUGAUGAGCUUUGUUUAUAUUUAGGACAUUAAACAUUUGGUUUAUUAACUCUUUAGCAUAAAUUCCUAAAGUAGAAAUUUUGAGUCACGGGGUUUGUACAUUUUACAUUUUGACACAUAUUUCCAGAAUGACCCCAGAAAUGCUGCCCAUGUGUGCACUCCUAUUAAUCAUAUGAAAGUGUCACUUUCCCCACAUCUAUGCCAACAGUGGACUUUUCAACAUGGGUUAAUCUUCUAGAUGAGAAAUGAUACCUCAUUGUAAUUUAAUUUGUAUUUCCUUUUUUCUUUCUUUCUUUCCCUUUUUUAAUAGAGACAGGAUCUUCCUAUGUUGCCCAGGCUGGUCUCAAACUCAUGAGCUCAAGAGAUCCUUCCGCCUUGGCCUCCUAAUAUAUUUAUCUGAUCAAUAGUUGAUUGACUGUCUUUUCACAUG